CCUCCGCGCCCCACGUCCCCCGGCGUGGUCCCCGGCCACGGCCCCAGCCCGCCCCAGCCCCCGCCCCCGCCCCCGGCCCCGGCCUCCGCAGCUCGGCAUGGGCGCGGGGGCGCUCGCCCUGGGCGCCUCCGAGCCCUGCAACCUGUCGUCGGCCGCGCCGCUCCCCGACGGCGCGGGCGCGGCCACGGCGGCGAGGCUGCUGGUGCCCGCGUCGCCGUCCGCCUCGCCGCUGGCCCCGACCAGCGAGGGCCCCGCGCCGCUGUCGCAGCAGUGGACGGCGGGCAUCGGCCUGCUGAUGGCGCUCAUCGUGCUGCUCAUCGUGGCGGGCAACGUGCUGGUGAUCGCGGCCAUCGCCAAGACGCCGCGGCUGCAGACGCUCACCAACCUGUUCAUCAUGUCCCUGGCCAGCGCCGACCUCGUCAUGGGGCUGCUGGUGGUGCCCUUCGGGGCCACGAUCGUCAUGCGGGGCCGCUGGGAGUACGGCUCCUUCCUGUGCGAGCUCUGGACCUCGGUGGACGUGCUGUGCGUCACGGCCAGCAUCGAGACCCUGUGUGUCAUCGCGCUGGACCGCUACCUGGCCAUCACCGCGCCCUUCCGCUACCAGAGCCUGCUGACGCGCGCGCGCGCGCGGGCCCUCGUGUGCACCGUGUGGGCCAUCUCGGCGCUCGUGUCCUUCCUGCCCAUCCUCAUGCACUGGUGGCGGGCCGGGGGCGACGAGGCGCGCCGCUGCUACAACGACCCCAAGUGCUGCGACUUCGUCACCAACCGGGCCUACGCCAUCGCCUCGUCCGUCGUCUCCUUCUACGUGCCCCUGUGCAUCAUGGCCUUCGUGUACCUGCGCGUGUUCCGCGAGGCGCAGAAGCAGGUGAAGAAGAUCGACAGCUGCGAGCGCCGCUUCCUGGGCGGCCCCGCGCGGCCCCCCGCGCCCGCGCCCGCGCCCCCGCCCGCGCCCGCGCCCGCGCCCGGCUCCCCGCGCCCCGCCGCGGCCGCCCCGCUGGCCAACGGGCGCGCCGGCCGGCGGCGGCCCUCGCGCCUCGUGGCGCUGCGCGAGCAGAAGGCGCUCAAGACGCUGGGCAUCAUCAUGGGCGUGUUCACGCUGUGCUGGCUGCCCUUCUUCCUGGCCAACGUGGUCAAGGCCUUCCACCGCGACCUGGUGCCCGACCGCCUCUUCGUCUUCUUCAACUGGCUGGGCUACGCCAACUCGGCCUUCAACCCCAUCAUCUACUGCCGCAGCCCCGACUUCCGCAGGGCCUUCCAGCGCCUGCUGUGCUGCGCGCGCCGCGCCGCCCGCGGGAGCCACCGGGCCGCCGGGGACCCUCCGCGGGCGCGGCCGCCGCCGUCCCCCGGGGCCGCCUCGGACGACGACGACGACGACGACGACGAGGACGACGCCGGGGCCGCGCCGCCCGCGCGCCUGCUGGAGCCCUGGGCCGGCUGCAACGGCGGGGCGGCGGCCGACAGCGACUCCAGCCUGGACGGCGCGGGCCGCCCCGCGGGCGCCUCGGAAUCCCGGGUGUAGCCGCGCGCGCCCCCCCCCGCGCGCCCCUCCCCGCGCCCCGGGGGACGCCUCGGCGUUUGCUCCAGACCCAGAGCAGGUGAACUCCAGGCCCGCGCACCCCCGUCUCAUUCAUCCGACGCAGACGCGCAAAAGCCACGGACCCGACCGUUGCGCACGCAGGGGAGUUUGGGGAGGCGCGGGAGAGUGGCUCGCACAUCUGCCUUGGGUUCCUUUUUUCUUUCUUUCUUCCUUUCUUUCUUCUUUUCCUCCCCCCCCCCCCCCCGUGUGUGUGCUUCGGCCUUUUCUUUCUUUGGUGUGUGCGUGUGAUGCAUCUUCGGUUUCUGGAGUUGUCUUUAUUCCCCACCCCCGCUCCACCCCCCCGCCGCCUCCAGGUGGUUUGUGACACUUGCUUCCAGGACUGGGUAGCAGCGGAAGGGAGAAGCGUCGAGGUCUAUCGGGCUUGGCUUCGCGUUCCGUUCUGGGGCACAGGAGCCAGCAGUCGGAGACACAGGAGGGAAUGACAGCGGCUAGGACAGAUUUCCUUUGCUUUCCAGAGAAAUUUCAUUUUUAACUCCUCUGAGUAAUGAUUUUUUUCCUGUCCUUAAAGCAAAGGGGGAAGAAAGGAUGGAUAUGCAAAAAAAAAAAAAAAAAGUCACGUUUCAAGAAAUUUUAAGCUAUUCUUGGAACAAGCCUCACCUUGCUUUCUUUUUUGUAGGGCACACCUGCUGUCCCCGCGCGCCUCGGUGGUCAGGCUGAGGGGUUUCUACCUCACACUGUGCACAUUGCACAGCAAGAUAGAAAGACUUGUUUAUAUUAAACAGCUUAUUUAUGUAUCAAUACCAGUUGGGAGGACCAGGCGCUGAGCCUCUGAGACAUGUGACUCUGUCCAUUGAAGACAGGACAGGAAAAAAAAAAAAAAAACCCACAAACAAACCCCAAAAGGAAACAGUUCAGAUUACUGCACACAUGCGUUUAAAAACAAAACAAAACAAAACAAAACACAAAACAAGGAGUGGUUCCAAAUACCAUUUUUGCACAGUGUUAGGAAUUGUAAAGUCCACACGAGAUACUACUUGCACAAAAAGAAAUGAAAUAUUUUUUAACGGGGCCGGGGGCAGAUCUUACAAAACUAAAAUAAAAUUCAGACUCUACUUCUGUUGUCUGUUAUGUUAUUGAGCUAAUGAUUUAUUGGGAAAAAUACAUUUUUAUACUCUUUUAUCAUGGUACUGUAACUGUAUCCAUAUUAUAAAUAUAAUUACCUUAAGGAUUUUUAUUAUUAUUUUUUUAUGUCCAAGUGCCCACGUGAAUCUGCUGGUAAAAUUUAGCACUCGUGUGUAAAUGGUAUUUCCUCUGUCUGUUCUACCAAGUAUUUAUACUCUGGUGCAACUAACUACUGUGUGAGGGAUUGGUCCAUGUGCAAUAAAUACCAAUGAAGCACAA